CACAGUUGCAUUUCCAUGCAGCACAGUCGCGUUUCCAUGCAGCAGAGGUGGCCCUUAUCGGCCACCGUACUAAUGAGACCCGCUGACGUAAACAAGUCGAACAAGGACCAGGUAUGGAUCACACUAUACGGUUACGGAUUAGGAGAAUUUCCAUUACCAAAGUUUAGGGUUGACGACACGGUCCAAAUAACGAAGUAUAAGAAUAUCUUUACCAAGGGAUACGAAGCAAACUUUACGGAAGAGAUAUUCAAAGUUGUAAAAGUAUUCAGAGGGGAUCCUAACAUGUACGAAAUAGAAAGUCAUGACGGAGAACCGAUCAUCGGAAAGUUUUACGAAGAGGAACUAUCCGCUGUAGACAAAAAGGACGAUAUGUAUAGGGUGGAGAAAAUUCUGAGAAGAAGAAAGGGUAUGGUACUGGUCAAGUGGUUGGGAUACGAUAGUAAACACAAUUCCUGGAUUCCUGAAGAAAAUAUUAAGGAUAUAAAAUAAAUGGCUGACAUUGAACUAGAGGAAACAAACCGCGACAACGAUCGCGAAGCCGAAGAAGUCGAAACGGCGGAGGAAGGAACAAGUUUCAUUGACGACGACAGGUGAAGACGGGACGAAAGUAUAUUAAUUCCCAUCGGAUUUAAUCCGGACGUUGACGGAUCAAGACCCAGCGGUUCCACACCAAAAAUCAGACGGGAUGUUGGGGGUAAUGAAACGAGCCUAUACUCUGGAUAAAAAGGAUUUCCUCAAAAGGGAACUAGGAGUAAAUAUCAAUAAGGGAGACGGUCCAUCUUCCACCAUCAUCUUUGACAAAAUGAAACUGACCGUAAAUAAGGCUGGAACAAAAAUUAACGGUGCUACAUUCAAAGAUGUCAAGAUCAUUAUCUCGAAGAAUGGUAAAAUGAUAUACUCCGCGGAUAAGAACAAGGAAUCCGUCGUAAAUGAAUACAAAGAACUGAUCAGGAAAGCUAAAAUAGAGCAUUCAAAAACACCUGCAGCCUUGGUAGAGGAACAACUUGAACGACAGAAUUUAGAUGCUCCUCAGGAACUUGUGGAUAACGUACUGGAAAAUAUCAUCGAAAGAAUGGAUGAUGAACUGUCUAAUCAAAGCGAAGCCAUCGGUAAUAGUACAAUUAUAACGGAGAACGAACUAAGGGAACUGAGAGGUAUUCUGAAUGUAAAAGGAAACUCGGGUAAACAAAAGAUUGAGUAUCUUGGAGUAGAAAGAAACCACUGGAAAGAACUGGCUAGAAUCGAACGAACUGCAGGACGUGAACAAAAGGCUCUCCUGUACGAAGCAAUGGCAGACAUGGCAGAACUAAAAGCGGAUGAGAUAAGGUUAAGAUCAAACGAACGACCAAAAGGACCGAAAGCCCUAUCCAUCGUGGAAGAGGAAACGGAAAUAAGCGAUCUUACGUGGUUUGAAAGAUUCAAGAAAUGGACAAAAGAAAAUAUAGCUGGAAUAUCAGCCGUAGCAAUAUCUGUAGCGGGUAUCAUCACCACGAUUAUUAUGGGAGCCAGAAGCGCAGUAAGAAAGGGAGCGAGAGCAACGAGCAAGUUUGCAAAAGCAGUGGCAAACCUAGCUGGGAAGGUCGGACCCGUACUAGCAUCCGUACUGAACCUCAUCGCCAAGGUUCUAGGAUGGGGGGCAAAGGGUAUUGCCUUCCUUGCGAAGAAUCUUUGGAUUUUAGCACUGGCAUUAACCUACUUCCUGUACAAUGAAUACAAAAAGAAAAAAUAAAUACCAUAUAAUAAACAAUGGGAGAUAGAAAAGACUUUAUGAACGAAGCCUUUGAUGCCGGACUUAUUACACUCGGAACAGUCGCUGUGUCCGUGAUAAGCAAAAAAUUUGCAGGGGAUAGUCUCGGAGUACCUAGUAGUCCGAAGGGAAUUCUAAAACUAGCCGUAGCUCUUGGAGCCGGUGCGGUCGGAGUCCACUACUUACAAUUCAAAAAACUAGUACCGGAUGAUCCAUUUAAAUAAAGGAAAUGACAAGUGUUGUAGUCGGAGGAUUAUUCAACGCCGUAGCAUUCGCAGGAGCCGGAUUCCUGUUCAGCAAAUUAAACCAUAGCGGAUACGAAGGUGAAAUGAAAAGACAUAACAAAGCACUGGAAAAUUAGCCAAAGCCAAAGAAAAAUGGUAUGAAAGUCAAGUGGAAAAAAAGAACAGAAUUGCAAUACUUAGGCAAGAACUAGCCGAUGCCAAAUCGGAUAUGGAAGUGACAAACAGCGCUCUUGACUCUCUGCGGAAAGCGCAGGAGGAAUUAACUCUGGACAAAGAGCCAACAAUCCACGAUUACUACAAACCAUCAAGCGAAAUGGAAGAAUACCAGCAGAUCACGAUCGGAAUACUAGGUCUGGGGUCUGGGUUCAUAAUUACGAGACUAUUAUGAAAAAACGGUAUCGUCUUAUAACGAACCGCGGGAACGAAACGGAAGGGUCUAAGUUAUCGCGAUUCGCGAUAAGUUUACCAAAUUUUGACGGUAUAAAAAAACAUCGGUUGUACACCACCACGUACGUCGACAAAGUGGUACCCCAGUUUGGGAUAUACGGAAAGAGGUGUGAAACACACCUCCCUUUAUUUCCCCGAGCGUUGUGGGAAGGUGUUCAUAUCCCUGUAUCCAUUACGCUGAUCUUGUCGCGUUUCGCGACAAGAUCUAUAUCCCCCAGUCUGGAUUCAUUGCUUUUUCAAAUCUCAAAAAUUUGAAAAAGAAAAAUGACUAUGUGAAACGAUUUUUUUUUAGGGGAACCACAUAUACAAUAAAUAAUGAAUCCGAAUAGACCGAGUACAGCUCCUCUAUUAGAUACGGACAUUCCCAGCGGCUUACCACCAACCCUAACACCGACCAGAUACGAACCACCACCACCGCCGCCACCAGCAGCGACAAAAACAUACACAUGGCGUGAAUGGGGUGAGUGGCUAGUCAAAUACGUGCCGGAAGAUAUAAAAAGGAAAGUCACCGACGCGUACAGAAUAUUUAAAAACAAGGUUUUAAGUCUGUACGGUAAGCAACCAACGGUAAAAUCAACGUUAGUCUCUAGUGCCAUCAAAAAGAAUACCGCUAAAUGGAUGAUACCCGGUGAUGAGUUCAAAGAUCCCUGGGUCUUCUUCAACAGUGCAAGACCUGAAGUGGAAAAGAUCGUUAACGGCGCUGAGGGUACAAAAAAGGUGUACCUUGUACUAAAAUGUGAACUCGUAAAAGAAGAUAAAAAAACCGGACAGGAAACAUAUACAGUAUUCCACGGAAGAAGUAAUACUCACGCAAUUACAGUUAACAUCAGCGAAGAGUAUGGAAAAAUGCGUGAAAAAAAUGUUAGAAAUUCUCGCGAAAUUCCAGAAUAAUGGUAGUAACUGGAGAUUACACAAAGUGGAAAAGUUAGAAGUGUCUGUCGCAAAGUAUGAACCGUUGAAAGGGAAGGGAUAUACAACACCGCUCCCAAAACCUCUAAAAGAGAAGAGAGUCAUCACUAACAUAAAAAAUGAGGACAACCAGUGUUUUAAAUGGGCAGUGACUAGAGCUUUGAAUCCUGUGAAACGUGACGCAUGUAGAGUCACAAAAAUCUUAAAAUUACAGGUUGAAAAAUACAAUUGGGAAGACAUAGAGUUCCCAACGAAAGUUAAAGAUAUUCACAAAUGGGAAGAGAAAAAUAAUAUAAACAUUAACGUAUUCGGAUACGAUGAGGAAACAAAAAAAUUAUAUACGUUAAAACUCGGAGAGCAAGAAAAUCCAACGGAAACAGUAAAUCUAUAUCUGCACGAUGACAACCACUACUGUGUAAUUAAAGACCUAAGUCGUCUUAUAGCGGCACAACUUAGCAAGGGUAAACGGCGUAAAUUCAUCUGCUUACGAUGCAUAAAUGCAUUCGGGACGGAAAACCUCCUAGCUGAACAUACAGCACUAUGCGAAGAUCAUAAACUACAACACCAUUAUUACCCAUCCAAAGGUAGCACAACAUUCUUCAAAAAUUUUGAACGGUUACAUGAAGUACCAUUCAUGGUGAACGCUGAUUUCGAAUGUUUUCUAGAACCAAUGGAUCAUGUAGAAGGUGAUCCAAAAACGUCAUUCACAAUUCAAUAUCAAAAGCACAGACCAAGCGGAUUCUCAUACACGAUAAAAUGUAUGGAUGAGAACGUUUACAAAACAAAAUUUAUAACGUACACGGCACAAAAUAAGGAUGAGGAUAUCAAAAAAAUCUUCGUUGACUCAUUGGAAGAAAAUCUGAAACUAGUGUAUGAAAUUCUUAAAAAAGUAACGCCAAUAAGCAUGAUAGAAGAGGAUAAAAAGAACUACACUGGAUCCAACAACUGCUAUGCAUGCAAUAUACAAUUUGGAACCGUCAGGAUAAAUGAGGGGGAUGGCGAGGAAGAAAAAGUAAUCAAGUGUAGAGAUCACUGUCAUAUCACUGGCAAAUACCGAGGAGCCGCAUGCGAUAAAUGCAACCUACGAAUGAGAACACCAAAGUUCGUACCAAUACUUUUUCACAAUUUGGAAAGUUAUGAUGCACAUUUGUUUGUAAAAAGUCUAGGCUUCAGUGAGGGUGAUAUUAAUUGUAUUCCAAAAACAGACGAAAAGUAUAUAUCAUUUAGUAAGAAAAUUCCUAUGGAAACCAUCAUAUCACCCGAUGGAGAAAAGACAUUAUAUCUGGAAAUGCGGUUCAUCGACUCAUACAAGUUCACACUUGCGUCACUUGAUUCCCUCGCCAACACGCUCGGCGAGGAUGACUUCAGAACAUUGGAAAGUCAAAUGAAACACUCGAGAAUAGAGCUACUGAAGAGAAAAGGGGUGUUUUCAUAUGAGUUCAUGACAGGCUAUGACAAAUUGCAGUAUGAUAAGCUACCCAGUAAGAAAGAAUUUUACAGUAAGUUAAAUAACACAGAUAUAAGCGACGAGGACUAUGAACAUGCACAAAAAGUCUGGAAGACGUUCGAUUGUAAAACGAUGCGUGACUACCACGAUCUGUAUCUCAAAACAGACGUACUGUUGCUCACAGAUGUUAUGUGUAGAUUCAGAAAAAUAUGUAUAGAAAAUUACGGAUUAGAUCCAUUACAUCAUUACACAGCGCCAGGACUCGCUUGGAUGCGGCGCUAA